AAUGGCGAACACCUUGAAUUUACUUCGCAGAGGUUUUUGAGUUAUUUGUCAUUCAUUACUAACAAAGUGAAUUGCCAUUUCUUAUAGGAGUAAUGAGAUGUAAAUCAUUAAGUUAAGCAAUGAAGAUGAUGGUAGUUACAAGUGUACUGAUCUGUCAAGCUGCUUUGUGCCUUACGAGAGCCGAAGAUGAAAGAAAUGAAUACCAGAUGUCAAAAGCAUUUAAGAAAUCCAUUGAAUUACAAACUGCUUACGUUUACCGCAAAAAUAUGCCCAAGAGACAUCAUUACUCUGUGAUCCUUGGAAGUAGUGGUAAAACUGUUAUUGGGCCGCUCGUUCCUGAGUCUGACGAUGAACAGAUCCACAGAGUUCAGGGAUUUGUGCUUAGACCGGACGCUAUUAAGAUCGGUAACCCCAUAGAAUUUGCAGGAACAGCUCUAAGCACCCAUAAUCGCUAUCGCAAGUAUCACCACGACCCUGCACUAAGGUGGUCUGACAGGCUGUCAUCGCAGGCCAAUAAGAUAGCUUAUCAAAUGGUGCAGCAAUUCAGUAAGGAUAACUCCAAGAGAUUUGAGGUGCCUGAUGAGGAGAGUCUGGGAGAGAAUGUGGAACGAUUCCUCGGUGUACAAUUUGGAUGCGACUCGACUGCAGCCAUGAAAGCAACCGAUAACUGGUACCAGCAAAGCAAAAACUAUAGUUAUAACUACCCUCACAUUCAAGAUGGAACUAGCUCCUUCACCCAGUUGGUUUGGAAAGGCUCACAGUCCUUUGGAAUGGGCUGUGCUCUACGUAAGGGACUCUUGGCCAAUGACAUUUUUGUGGUGGCUCUGUACAGUCCCCCUGGGAACGUAGGAGACGGCGUGUCUCUGAAUGUCUUGAGGCCUGGGAUCAAAGAGGCGGCCAAGCCUGAUGUCUACUCAAAUAUAUUCCGUAGAAGCAAAAUGGCUAAGAGUAGAGACAACAUAAACCGUAAAAAACUAGAUUAAUUCUCAUUUGAGUGUCGAAAAUAAUCCAGACCUGCAUCAGUUUUACUUUGUUUUUGCUUUUUGACUAGUCUAGAAACUCACGCCAAUCAAUUGAAAACCUACGCGAAUCAAGAUUAGGUCGCUGAGGCUUUCCUGCUCUUCAGGCAGUUUGCAUAUUUUUACUUUGAGUUGCCGUUGAUUCUUAGCAAUAAUUUACUUUGUUUGAUUGGCCGCUAUGAUUGCUUUGGUUUUAUGAAAAUUGAAGGGAAAUUUUCUUGCCUCGUGAGUACGAUUUAGCUUCGAGAU